AGUGACAGUUGACGUUUGUAAAAAAAGGACGCCCGCUUUGCAGUUAGUUUACUUUUGAAAAUUUUCCUAUUUUUCGUGUGUUUUUUAGGACUCCACUCGGCCCCAUGAACUAAAAUUGUAAUGCGCGUGUAACCGGGCGGAUAACCAAAUUGUACAGGACAUGGAUGAGAGCAAUAGUUGACUGCUAUGGUAAGAUAAAUAAACUGGCAAGUAAAAUCGCAACUGCACUGUGCACUGGCCACCAAGUGAUGUCAGGGGUAACCAAAUUUUCAACUGGCUCAUUUUCACUUUUUUCGCAGGAGGAUGUAAGUAAACUGACAAAAGAGGAGUUUUUAAAGUUCUUAAACUGUUCCCACCAGAGCACCAAGACUGAGAGGAUCGUGGCCGUCGGUCCGAGAAAUUCCAGAAAGAUUCUACUGAAAGAAUUUGGAAGAUAUUCGGCUUUGAGCUUGGAACUCGACGAGUAUGCUUUAAACAAGCAGAUUUUGAGGAUACCGUUGCCCAAAGUUGAUAUAACAAAAUUAUCAGCCAGGCAAGUAGCAAACAGAUUCAGAACUGAGAAAACUGAAAAGAAAAGGAAAAGAAAUAAUGCUGUAGUCAGCAGGUUCGGCAGAAAGUUAAAAAAGAAACAGCUAAACAUUCAGAGUUUAACCAGAAAUACCAGAUCCAGUUCUGUUCCAUUACCGAAGGUACCAAACUCCCCUGAACGCCCAACAAAAUCCUUUGACCUCUUGGCACCUUCGAAACCCCUUAAAGUUACAGUACCAACAAUAACUUACCGAAGAAAACCAAAAGUAGAAAAAGUGGAAGUAGAAGAGAAUAAAAAAAAUAUGGCCGCAACUGUACAACAUUCGAGCGGCCCAGUUGUGUCUCCGACACCAACAAAACCCCAGUUUAUAAUUAAAUAUGUUCCAACUGAGCCAACGUACUUUUUAAAAAUGGCACCCAUUAAGCACCCCGAGGAUGGUAAACUGAAAUAUUCUUUCGAUACUUUGGUGAAAGACAUUAAAAAUAUGAAACUGCCUUCGCCGACCUGGAAGAUCAAGGUGGUGGUGAAAAGUAACAAAAUUGCCUCGAUUAUAUUUACCAACAAGUGCGUUUUGGAGAGGACUGUUCAUUUUAGUGCUAAAAGUGAUUAUUUUCAGAUUGUUAUAGAAAAUAAGUCGGCCAUCUUGCUGGGUUCGCCCAGUGAGGUUUGUAAUGUAGAAGAUAUAGAGAUACUGUUGAAUAUCAUUCACACGAUUAACGCGAAUAAUCCGAUGAUUUAUUAUAAGAAUUAAGGGAAAUUUUAUUUGAGUUUAGAUUGUGAAGUGAUUUGUGGACUUUUAUAAGUUGCUUAUUUCAUGUGUCUUUUCUUAAUCAUUUUAUGAUCUUUAUAAGUUUUUCGGUAUUUUUUCUAGAUUGGUUUAAUAGGAUUUUAUUAAAAGAAUGUUUAUAUAUUAA